AUGUCGGCAUCGCUAUCCGUCUCCACCGCCGCGGCCGGGAGCGCCAUCAGUGAGAAGAGCAGGCAGUUUGGUGCGAUCAGUGCCCCCGAACAUGGCAAUGCUGGUCCGGAGCUCCAACGGCACAGCAGCACUAGGAGCUCGAAGUCUCUGGAGCGCUCCACGUCCCUAGGAGACGGCUACACCCACCCUCGCGUCGACCAGGACCAGCUGCGGCAGUCGGACGAUGAGGUGCCGCAGCAAGACGUCUCUGCGGACUCCCAGACUGACUUUGUGGUGGCCUGGGACCAGACCGGCGACCCUGAGAACCCACGCAAUAUCCCUUAUGCUCGGAAGUGGUUGAUUGUGAUAAUCAUGGCGAUGGGGUCCGGCUGUGUAACGUCCGCCUCAUCUAUUUACACAAUGACAUACCCGCAAUUGACAAAGGAGUUUGGCGUUUCGAAACUCGUUGCUACCGUGGGAUUGAGCACGUUUAUCGUCGGCCUUGGCACCGGACCCCUAUUUCUAGCACCAUUAUCAGAGGUAUUUGCCCAAAACAUUGAGACCAUGCUGAUUGCUCGGUUCUUCAAUGGCCUGUCGGGCAGCGCAUUUUUGAGUGUCGCCGGUGGGACAGUGGGUGAUAUCUUUGACCGGCAUCAGCUUGCCGCGCCGAUGAUGGUGUAUACUGCCAGCCCUUUCAUGGGACCUGAGAUUGGGCCCUUGAUCGGGGGUUUUAUUUGCCAGUAUACCACUUGGCGUUGGGUAUUCUAUGUGUUGCUUCUGUGGGCCGGAGCAAUUGGGAUUGCCAUCGUCCUGUUCGUUCCGGAGACAUACCAUCCUGUUUUGCUCCGGCGCAAGGCCACCAGGCUCAGAAAGGAAACUGGUGAUGACAGAUGGUUUGCCCCCAUCGAGAAGCUCGAUCGGUCGUUGGUCCAGACGGUCCUCCGUUCCAUAUACCGGCCUAUGCUCUUGUUGAUCUUUGAGCCCAUGUGCCUGAACCUCUGUAUUUUUUCAGCCAUCCUGCUAGGUAUCCUAUAUCUCUUCUUCGGUGCCUUUCAACUAGUGUUCUCAAGUGUCUAUGGCUUCAAUCUUUGGCAAGUCGGGCUGAGCUUCAUGGGAUUGCUCGUGGGUAUGGCAAUCGCAGUUGCGAGCGAUCCGCUGUGGAGGAGAAAUUACGCACGUCUUGUCCGUAAACGAGAACAGGCAGCGGGGAAGCCCGAGUUUGAGCCGGAAUGGCGGUUGCCGCCAGCGAUUGUCGGCGCCCCGUUAGUUACAAUCGGGCUGUUCAUUUUCGCUUGGACGAUUUUCCCACAUGUUCACUGGAUCGCGCCCAUGAUUGGGAGCCUGGUAUUUGGUGCAGGGACUAUUCUCGUAUAUUCUGGUAUCUUCACUUUCCUUGUCGAGUCGUAUCCCUUGUACGCCGCCAGCGCUCUGGCCGCCAACAGCUUUCUGCGCUCCAGCUUCGCAGGCUCAUUCCCCCUGUUUGGAAUCCAAACCGUCAUCCCUGACGCCCUACACGUGGCAUAUGAUCUUCGUCUUCUCAGAGUCGAGAAAGAUUCUGUUUCGCUUGAUGAAACUGGAUACAUACAUCACUUACCUAGUUUCUGA